UGAGCCAUGUAACAUCGCGUGUUCGUAUACGUAUGUUUUGCCUACACAUUCAAAUAAAAAUGGUGCGCAAUUGCCUUAGAAUUGUUUAAAAGGAAAUAUAAAUUCAACUUUUCCGUAUAAUGUGACGUAAUUGAAGCACUGAUUGGAUUUUAUUGAUAGUUAAACGAAUUCUGUUGCUUAUCGUCUGAUGGUACGAAGUGACAUUCGCCGUUUUUAUUGUUGGCGGGAAGACGUUUUUGAAUACGGAUUUUUUUUUAUGCGGCUAUGAGUGUUGUGUUGUGGUACGGUUUUAUUUUUUGAUGUUGACAAUUGCUUUUUUAGUUGGAGUUGUUUUUUUUUGUUACAUUUUAAAGUUCUUGUUAAAAAUCGAGGAUAACAAAGGCGAAUCGGAACAAAAUAUGGAGCAGGCUGAGCAGGAGCAGGUGCGGUGCUCUUCCAGUGAGAGCGAUAACUUUGAAAAAAUAGAUUCCGAAGAAGCGAAACCAGAAUCUAAUGGGAACUCAAAUUUCGUGGUCGGCGAUGAAGCGUCAGACGGUGACCAACAUGACGAGGGACCAUCGCACGAAGGCGGCGACGUCUUCCCAAACGCACCCCCUCCAAAUCUACGCCCUAAGCUGACAGUCGCCCAACAGCUUGCACUCGCUGAAAAGCGAAGCAAACUCAGGCCAUCUAUGUCCCAAGGCACAGUUAUACACAGCCAGCGCUUCCAAGAGAAAGAUUUUACUGUUGCAACACCGGAAGAAUUUGUUCGUCGUUUCCAAGGGACAAAAUCUAUUAAUAAGGUAUUGAUAGCUAACAACGGUAUCGGCGCUGUGAAAUGUAUGCGUUCAAUACGAAGAUGGUCGUACGAGAUGUUCAAGAACGAGAGGGCUAUACGAUUCGUGGUUAUGGUGACACCGGAAGACUUGAAAGCGAACGCGGAGUACAUCAAAAUGGCUGACCACUACGUGCCCGUGCCCGGGGGGUCGAAUAACAACAAUUACGCUAACGUCGAGUUGAUCGUGGACAUAGCUGUGAGAACUCAAGUUCAGGCUGUCUGGGCUGGUUGGGGUCACGCUUCAGAGAACCCUAAGCUGCCGGAGAUGCUCCAUCGAGCUGGCGUGGUCUUUAUCGGUCCGCCGGAGAAAGCUAUGUGGGCUUUGGGAGACAAGAUCGCCUCCUCAAUCGUGGCUCAGACUGCUGAUAUACCCACCCUACCCUGGAGUGGCAGUGAAUUGAAGGCCGAGUACAACAGUAAAAAGAUCAAAAUAUCAUCGGAGCUGUUCGCGCGGGGCUGCGUCACGUCGCCGGAGCAGGGCCUGCAGGCCGCCCACAAGAUCGGAUUCCCCGUCAUGAUAAAAGCGUCGGAAGGUGGGGGGGGUAAGGGUAUUAGGAAAGUCGAAAAUCCUGAUGACUUCAAUAAUAUGUUCCGACAGGUUCAAGCUGAAGUCCCCGGAUCGCCGAUAUUCGUCAUGAGGCUGGCAAGGUCAGCUCGGCAUUUGGAAGUACAACUUUUAGCUGACCAGUAUGGUAACGCGAUAUCUCUGUUCGGUCGCGACUGUUCCAUCCAGCGUCGUCACCAGAAGAUCAUAGAGGAGGCUCCGGCCGCCAUUGCCAAGCCCGAUGUCUUCAUUGAGAUGGAAAAGGCCGCAGUCCGGCUCGCCAAGAUGGUGGGCUACGUGAGCGCGGGUACGGUGGAGUAUCUGUACGAGCCGCUCACCGGCAGCUACUUCUUCCUCGAGCUGAACCCGAGGCUGCAGGUGGAACAUCCGUGCACGGAGAUGGUAGCGGACGUCAAUCUGCCCGCCGCGCAGCUCCAGAUUGCCAUGGGACUGCCACUCUACCACAUCAAGGACAUCAGGCUGUUGUAUGGAGAGUCCCCUUGGGGCAUGACACAGAUCGACUUUGACGAACCUAAGCAGAGGCCGUCGCCGUGGGGUCACGUGAUCGCUGCUAGAAUUACAUCCGAGAAUCCCGACGAAGGUUUCAAGCCAUCGUCCGGUACGGUCCAAGAGUUGAACUUCCGCUCUUCGAAGAACGUGUGGGGAUACUUCAGUGUUGCGGCUUCAGGUGGUCUUCACGAGUUCGCCGAUUCUCAGUUCGGACAUUGCUUUUCGUGGGGCGAGACCAGGGAGCAGGCGCGAGAAAAUUUGGUAAUCGCUCUUAAGGAAUUGAGCAUUCGUGGUGACUUCCGGACGACCGUCGAAUAUCUGAUCACAUUGCUGGAGACGCCUUCCUUCCAAGAUAAUAAUAUUGAUACUAGCUGGCUGGAUGCACUCAUCGCUGAAAGGGUUCAAGGCGAGAAGCCAGACGUGAUGUUGGGUGUCGUCUGCGGCUCAAUACUCAUAGCGGACAGCUUCAUAACUGCGCACUUCCAGGAGUUCAAGAGUGCUUUGGAGAAAGGUCAAAUCCAAGGGUCGAGUCAGUUGUCCAACUGUGUUGAUGUGGAAUUGAUCCACAGCGGACACAAAUAUAAGGUCCAAGCUACAAAAUCCGGUCCAACUUCCUACUUCUUGUCAAUGAACGGAAGCUUCAAGGAGUUAGAAGUGCAUAAACUCACUGAUGGCGGCACCCUGCUGUCCAUCGACGGCGCCUCCUACACGACCUACUUGCGGGACGAAGUGGACAAGUACCGCAUCGUCAUCGGCAACCAGACGGUGGUGUUCGAGAAGGAGAAGGACCCGUCCAAGCUGCGAGCGCCGUCCGCCGGGAAGCUCAUCAACACGCUGGUGGAGGACGGCGGCCACGUCGACAGGGGGCAGCCCUACGCCGAGAUCGAGGUGAUGAAGAUGGUGAUGACGCUGUCGGCGCCCGAGGCGGGGCGCGUGACGUGGUCGCUGCGGCCCGGCGCCGUGCUGGACAUGGGCACGCUCAUGGGCACGCUGGAACUCGACGAUCCGUCCCUUGUGACAACCGCUCAGCCUUACAAAGGACAGUUCCCGUUGGAGGAUAACCCGCAACUAUCAGAGAAACUGAAUCACGCUCACAAUAAAUACAGGGCUAUAUUAGACAAUACACUCGCUGGUUAUUGCCUCCCGGACCCGUACAACACGCCGAGGUUGCGAGAGGUCGUCGAGAAGUUCAUGCAGAGUCUGCGAGAUCCUUCGUUACCUCUACUUGAAUUGCAAGAGGUGCUGUCGUCCACGUCCGGCCGCAUACCCCUCUCAGUGGAGAAGAAAGUCCGCAAGCUGAUGGCGCUGUACGAGAGGAACAUCACCAGUGUGUUGGCUCAGUUCCCCAGUCAACAAAUUGCGAGCGUCAUCGAUCAUCACGCAGCGUCGUUAGCGAAGAGAGCGGAUCGCGACGUGUUCUUCAUGAGCACACAAGCCUUGGUCGUCUUAGUGCAGAGAUACAGGAAUGGUAUCCGCGGACGCAUGAAGGCAGCUGUUCACGAUCUACUCAAGCAAUAUUAUCAGGUCGAAAGUAAUUUCCAAUUGGGCUCGUACGACAAGUGCGUGAUGGCGCUGCGCGACCGCCACAAGGACGACAUGCAGCCCGUCGCCAACAUCAUCUUCUCGCACAACCAGGUCGCCAAGAAGAACCUGCUGGUGACCAUGCUGAUCGACCACCUGUGGUCCAACGAGCCCGGGCUGACGGACGAGCUGGCGGCCACGCUCAACGAGCUCACGUCGCUGCACCGCGCCGAGCACAGCCGCGUGGCGCUGCGGGCGCGACAGGUGCUGAUCGCUGCGCACCAGCCCGCGUACGAGCUGCGCCACAACCAGAUGGAGUCCAUCUUCCUGUCGGCGGUCGACAUGUACGGCCACGACUUCCACCCCGAGAACCUCCAGAAGCUGAUCCUCUCCGAGACGUCCAUCUUCGACAUACUGCACGACUUUUUCUACCACACGAACGCCGCGGUAUGCAACGCAGCGUUGGAAGUAUACGUUCGUCGCGCGUACACGUCCUACGAUAUCACGUGCCUGCAGCAUUUGGCGCUGUCCGGCGAACUGGGGGUCGUUCAUUUCCAAUUCGUACUGCCGACUGGUCAUCCGAAUAGAAUACCAAUAAGUCAGUCGGAGAUCGAGUUGGCGUCAGCCCAAGAUCAGGAAGGCGUUCCCGCGGAGCUGUCCACGGCCGCGAUGAGGAAGUGCCACCACCGCACCGGGGCGCUGGCCGCCUUCGACUCGUUCGAGCAGUUUGUGGAGUACGCGGACGAGCUGCUGGACCUCGUGCACGACUUUGCCAGCUCAGCCACUGUCAGGAAAGAGGAUUUACAAGCGUUGCAAGAUGGCAGUGAAAAUAGGGACAGCACAAGUAUCAACGUUGGGCACGAUCUGAAGCCGAACGUCGAGGAGGAAGUGCCGCUGGAGCCGAUCCACAUCCUGAUGAUCGGCGUGCGCGACGGCGGCGAGAGCGACGACGGCGCCGUGUCGCGGCGCUUCGGGCACUUCUGCCGCGUGCACGCGCGCGAGCUGGCGCUCAAGCGCAUCCGCCGCAUCACCUUCAUGCUGCUCAUCAGGCGUCAGUUCCCCAAGUUCUUCACGUACCGGGCGCGUAACGAUUUCAAGGAGGACACGAUCUAUCGUCACUUGGAGCCGGCGUCCGCGUUCCAGCUGGAACUUUACCGGAUGAGGAGCUACGACCUGGAGGCUCUGCCGACCAGCAACCAAAAGAUGCACCUGUAUCUGGGGAAAGCCAAGGUCAAGAAAGGCCAAGAGGUUACCGACUUCAGGUUCUUCAUACGUUCCAUCAUCAGGCAUCAGGACCUCAUCACCAAGGAGGCGUCCUUCGAAUAUCUACAGAACGAGGGGGAGAGAGUGCUGUUGGAAGCGAUGGACGAGCUGGAGGUGGCGUUCUCUCACCAGCUCGCGAAGAGGACCGACUGCAACCACAUCUUCUUGAACUUUGGUCCAACCGUCAUCAUGGAUAUCGCUAAGAUCGAAGAGUCGGUGCUCGGUAUGGUGAUGAGGUACGGGCCCCGGCUCUGGAAGCUGAGAGUCCUGCAGGCGGAGAUCAGAUUUACUCUCAGAAUCGGGCCCGGAGCUCCGACGAAGAAUAUCCGUCUGUGUCUCUCAAACGGUUCGGGCUAUUCGCUGGACGUGUACACGUACGAGGAGGUCAUCGACCCGAGGACCGGUGUGAUAAUAUUCCAAUCGUUCGGACCGAAGCAGGGUCCGAUGCACGGUCUCCCGAUAUCGACUCCCUACGUCACAAAAGACUAUUUGCAGCAGAAGAGGUUUUUGGCGACGUCCCAGGGCACCACAUACGUGUACGAUAUACCGGACAUGUUCAGACAAGUGGUUGAGAAACGGUGGCGGGAGUGCAUCGACGAAGGCACCGUUGAUGGGCCCCCUCCUGACAACGUCAUGAAUUCCGUGGAGCUGGUGAUCGAACCGGACGGCGAGCGGCGCGUGGUGGAAGUCACAAGGCUCCCCGGACAGAACACCGUGGGCAUGGUGGCGUGGCGCCUGUCGCUGUGCACGCCGGAGUGCCCCGAGGGGCGCGACGUGGUGCUGAUCGCCAACGACCUGACGCACUACAUGGGCUCGUUCGGCCCGCAGGAGGACUGGCUCUUCUACCGCGCCUCCGAGUACGCGCGCGAGAGGAAGAUCCCGCGGCUGUACGUGAGCGUGAACUCCGGAGCGCGUAUUGGCGUGGCGGAGGAGCUGAAGGGCGAGUUCCAGGUGGCUUGGGUGGACGGGGAGCGCCCCGAGCGAGGCUUCCGCUAUCUAUACCUGUCGCCGGAGGCCUACUCCAGACUGGCCGCGCUCAAUUGCGUCAAGACGGAGCUCAUCGACGACGAGGGAGAAGCCCGGUACCGCAUCACCGACAUCAUAGGCAAGGAAGACGGUCUCGGCGUGGAGUGUCUAAGAGACGCCGGUCUCAUCGCCGGGGAGACGGCGCAGGCGUACGAAGACAUCGUCACCAUAUCCGUGGUCACGUGCAGAGCCAUCGGUAUCGGAUCCUAUGUGGUCAGGCUCGGACACCGCGUGAUCCAGGUGGACUCGUCGUACAUAAUCCUGACGGGCUACGCCGCGCUCAACAAGGUGCUGGGCCGCGCCGUGUACGCCAGCAACAACCAGCUGGGCGGCGUGCAGAUCAUGCACAACAACGGCGUCACGCACGCCGUGGCGCCCACCGACCUGGAGGCCGUGCGCACCGCCGUGCGCUGGCUGUCCUACGUGCCCAGGGACAAGAUGAGCAUGGUGCCCAUAAUGAAGUGUGCGGAUCCCAUCGACCGGCCCGUGGAGUGGGUGCCGCCCCGCGCCGCACACGACCCCCGCCUGAUGCUGACGGGAGACAACGCGCGGGCCGGCUUCCUGGACGUCGGCUCCUUCGACGAGAUCAUGAAACCUUGGGCGCAGACCGUCAUCACCGGUCGUGGUCGGCUGGGUGGUAUCCCAGUGGGGGUGAUCGCGGUGGAGACGCGAACCGUGGAGAUCACGUUGCCUGCCGAUCCUGCCAAUUACGACUCGGAAUCGAAGACUGUGCAGCAAGCCGGACAGGUUUGGUUCCCGGACUCAGCGUAUAAGACGGCGCAGGCCAUCAACGACUUCUCCCGGGAGAACCUCCCGAUACUCAUCUUCGCUAACUGGCGAGGCUUCAGCGGAGGACAGAAGGACAUGUACGAGCAAAUCCUGAAGUUCGGUGCGGAGAUAGUGCGAGCGUUGCGCGGCGCGACCGCUCCCGUGCUCGUCUACAUCCCCCCCGGGGCGGAGCUGCGUGGAGGGGCGUGGGCCGUGGUGGACCCCAGUGUAAACAACCUACGCAUGGAGAUGUACGCUGACCCGGAGGCCAGAGGCGGAGUCCUGGAAGCUGAGGGCAUCGUCGAAGUCAAAUUCAAGCAGCGAGACAUCUUGAAGACGAUGCACAGACUCGACCCCGAGCUGCUCAGGCUGGGGGCGAGGACGUCGGAAAUUAAGGAUCAAAUAAAAGAGAUAUCGAAAAAUCUAGACCGACGCGGUUCGAUAGACGACGUUCUCAUCAAGACGGAGGCCGGGAAACAGGCUGAAAGUCGAGUCCGUGAGUUGGACACCGAGCUGGUAGCUGCCGAUAAGACGAUGAAGGCGAGGGAGAAGGAACUGGCGCCCAUAUACCAUGAGAUCGCAGUCCAGUUUGCAGAGCUGCACGACACGGCCGAGAGGAUGCUGGAAAAGGGCUGCAUAUUCGACAUCAUCCCGUGGCGCGCGUCGCGGCGCCUGCUGCACUGGCGCCUGCGCCGCCUGCUGCGCCAGAACGCGCAGGAGCGCCGCGUGCAGGCGGCGGCGGCGCCCGAGCCGCUGGGCCAGCGCGCCGCCGCCGCCACGCUGCGCCGCUGGUUCACGGAGGACCGCGGCGAGACGCAGUCGCACCAGUGGGAGCACGACAACGAGGCCGUCUGCCGCUGGCUCGAGGCGCAGGCCGACGACCACGACUCGGUGCUCGAGCGCAACCUGCGCGCCAUCAAGCAGGACGCCGUCAUGCAGACCGUCAACCGCCUCGUCAUGGAGCUGACGCCGUCUCAGCGCACGGAGUUCGUGAGAAAACUUACGACCCUCGGAAUGGAACAGGACUUCAAUAACUGAUUUGCAAAGAAAAUGCAUCCUAUUUGUUAUGUAGUAGAGUCGAGGAUCGAUUGUAAUGUUGGGAUUUUAUAAAUACUAUUUAUUUUGUAUACUUUUAGUUGUUCAAUUGUUUUCUCAAUCGUCGGUGGUGGACGAGGAACACGUGACACGUGAUCGUUUCACGGAAAAAACCGUACGUAAACUCUUCAAUAACAGCGUUAUAGAUGAUUGUUUGACGAAUUAGUUUAUACAGGUCAGCAGUUCGGAUCGCUGACUUUGUCGGAGAGUGUUUGCGACGUGACCAUUUGUCGUGUGUUCUUCAUCGACCUCGUUGAGACGUCGUGUAUAGAUUUAUAUGAUAGUUAACGUAAAACAAUAUACUAUAGCCGCGUGAUGUGACGGUGCGCGCGGCUUCGCUUGUCCGAUUUGAAGAAUUAAUGCCAAAUAUAUCUACGUUAACGGAAGUCAGUUUGAAUUGUAUUGAGAUGAAAGGAUCUCCGCUAUUCCAAACGUGAGGAGUAAAGAUAACACUGUUUCACUUUACGUCCAUUUUAAUUUGACGACUCUGCCGGCUUUAAAGACGCAAUUCUUUCGCGUCCAUAGAGAACGUCAUAGAUUAUCCAAGCAUGUCAGAUCAAUACAGAAGUUGUUUAUUGAUCUUUACUCUUGUGGUCGGAAUGGGGUGGGAGCUGAUGUGUUGUUACGGGAUAGUUCCGUGACGUAUCUUCAGUGAUUUUAAAAACUUCGUAUUCGAGAAAUGCAAUGUGCCUGAAGUUAUGGCGCACGGAUAUUUAUAUGUAUAUAGAAUACUAGAAUUACUGCCAUAUUGAAGCAAUAAAUAUAUAAAUAUAGGUAUAUGUUUAAAAUGAUUUAAAAAUCAUUUAUCGUGUAUAUUGUGAUUUGUGUAGUUCCGAUUUAUGUAAAAAGUAACCGUUACGUCCCCCUCGUUGUUAGGGGGGUGAAAUCAGAUGGAAUUAUUUCUUUUGAUAGUUUAGGAAUCGUGAUAGAAAAAUUGUUAAAAAAUCGAAUACAGUUGAACAACUAAAAUUAUUAAUUUGGAACCAAAAAUAAUUGUAAAAAUGAUUCGAAACGCAAUCAGACUGUUAGUUAUCUCUCAGUGAGAAUACGUUUUCGGUGAUGGCUCGCAUUCGCGUGUCGCGUGUCAUGACAAAUAUCGUGUAAGUAGAUAAUAUCCUCAUGCGUUGCCUAUUUCGGUGCGAAGGUUACAUGAAUAUAGGUCCGUCCGAUGUUAGCGAAUUUUAUCGAAUUAUCCACUUGAAAGAAUAUAAAUAUAAUUGUAAGUUUGUUGAUGGAAGCUGCAGGAGGGCCGUGACGUAGCGAGUAUUUGUAGCGAGCUGACGGCGCUCGAUACGGACGAAUAUAUAUUUAAUAUUCAAAUGUGACGAAACCAUAACCAUCAACGAGGUGACGCAUAGCAAUUAUAGCAUUAUUUGAAGAAUAAUAUUAUUAUAAGUUGAAAAGAUACAUUUUUUUCUGACGGUACAUCAAAUUAUUGGACCAAUAUUCGACAAUAUUGUACGCGAACGUUUCUUAUGCGGUUGGUAGUUUUCGCUGCUUCAAUGGUACCGUCGUUGACGUACAGUACAUGCGUGUGUAUUGAGGUUUUAAAUGUGCAUACGUAACACGAAGCGCGCCCUCGUCGCUCGGCACGUCACGGCCGUUAAGUAACGCACUCCAAUUGCAAUUAAAGCGUAGUAAUGGGGUUUUGUGGAGAACGCACAGAGAGCAUUCGCGCAUGUACUCAUUCACUUGAACUAAUUGCAUUUGCUGCGUAUUUAUCUAUUGAUUUCUCUCAUCACACCCGGCUCGCCCACCCGCAGUUGUGUCGAAGGUUGUCUAGCAAUAAGUACGAUAUUAGCAAUGGGACGGAAACAUUCUAGAACAUUCUUUAAUCGUCUAGAACAAUAGGCUUGUGUAAUAUAAUAGUUACGUUAGACGCGAGUGCUCCCGGUGUACAGCCUCCCUGUGUGGUAGUUGCUGUCGGGGUACAUUUUUAGUUAAUUUAUUAAUUCAUUCUAAGACGUGUUUUCUCUUCGAUCCACUUUGUGCGUUACGGAAACAUAUCGAACAGUCGACGUAGUGAAUAUAAAAGAAUUUUGCGAUGAAGUUUUUGAUAUAUAUUUGUACAAAAUGGAUUGCUUUGACUCGAGGCUCCAGUUAAUAACUUGUUUGUUGCUUAUUUUCUUACUAAAUUUUGUCGUCGAGUGUGUGUGGGGGGGGGGGUGUAGGUCAGUAUUUGCAUUUUGCUACUAAUUUAGUAUAAACAGUAAUGUCACGUUAUUGUAUGAGCUCGCUUCAUUGAUUGAUUAUAAUUGAAGUCACGAUCGAUUGUUUAAAGAUACAAAGGUGUUAAAUUGAUAUCCCUAAAGCUACUCAACUGAUGCAAGAUGCAUAAGGAAGCUUUUUAUCGUCAAGAACUUGAUAGAACUUGAGUGUGUUAAGUCAAUCAGGUUUGGCUAAGAGUGAGACAAUUCUCUGUCUGCGUUUAUUCCUACGCAUUUGGGUAGUCGUCUGUCGACGUUGCGUUUUAAAGUCGGACGAGACGAGCGACUAAACCGGUUUUGGUGUGAUUUUUAAAUGAGCAAUAAGCGUGUUACAGGAGUCUUCGAAAUCAGAGACAUGUCUGUGUGAAUACGGAUUAUAUAUUUUUCACGUUGAAUGCGUCAUAUAAACACAGUAUAUGUUAGUGAGUAUACGUUUCUAAUUUCGAAUAUUAUUUAUAUAUUUAUAAUGUAUGUCUUUCUGAUCGUUUAAGGAACGCGGGUAGUUUUAACAUAUCAGAAUUGUAUAAUCGUUCGUUCUCAUAGAAUUCAAUGGAAGUUUUGUCACAAGAAAAUCGUUUAUUCCUGUCGACGUACAAACAUACAUACAUAUAUACAUUCCUGUUUUUUAUAUAUUAAAUAAACUAGUUGUUGUUUUGGUUUGUAGAAAGAAUGUUUUUGUUUUUUUUUUUAACUCGUUUGAUUCAGGAUUGUGUGGAGCGCAGCGCGCGCUUCGCUUGCGGUUCGAAGUGUGAUACGGGAUCGAAUCCGGUUGUAGUACUCGCUAUUUAUAGUAAUAAAAUAUUUGUUAAAUUUUA